AUGACGGAGUUUGACGGACGCGCGCUGCGAAACGCGAUGGGGAAUUUCUGUACCGGCAUCGUGGUGGCAACCAGUGUUUUCGAGGGCAAGCCGGUGGGCUUUGCCGCACAGUCUUUUGUGUCUCUGUCCCUGACGCCGCCGCUGGUGGCGAUCUGCCCGGGAAAAUCAUCUUCCAGCUGGCCUAAACUGCGGGACGCUGGCAGUUUCUGUAUCAAUCUGCUGGCGGCUGAUCAGAAACACGUUUGUGAUGCCAUGGCAAAGUCUGGCGGUGAUAAGUUCGCCGAUGUGCAGUGGCAGGCUGGUGUCACCGGGGCGCCGAUUAUUGUCGGUACCUUAGGUUAUGUAGAGUGCGAGCUGGUGGCUGAGCACGAUGCCGGCGAUCAUACGAUUGCCGUCGGGCAGGUGCAGGAUUUUAAAAUGACGGAUGAAGGCAAAGCGCCGCUGCUGUUCUUUCGCGGCGGUUAUGGGGAAUUUGGAGAACUGACAUGA